AUGACAGCUUUUAAUGACACUGCUUCUAAUUGGCCCAUCUUCUCCUUCAUUGGUAUCCCUGGACUGGAGGUGGCACAGAUAUGGAUCUCCAUCCCCUUCUGUCUCCUGUACCUGGUGGCCCUUGUGGGUAAUGUUCUUCUCCUUAUCCUAGUUAAAGCAGAAAAGAGUCUUCAUGAACCCCAGUUCUAUUUUUUGGCCAUGCUCGCCUACACUGACCUAGGUCUUUCAUUGUCCACAAUUCCUAGUGUCUUGGCUAUCUUCUGGUUUGAUAUCCAUCAUGUUGGUCUGGAUGCUUGCCUGGCCCAAAUGUUCUUCAUCCAUACCCUUUCCUCAGUAGAAUCUGGGGUCCUGGUGGCCAUGGCUUUUGACCACUUAGUAGCUAUCUGUGAGCCAUUGAACUACACGAGGAUCCUGACACAUUAUACUGUUGCCUGCCUUAGUGGAGCCUCCCUCAUACGAGGUGUCACACUGAUGACCCCUCUGCCUUUUUUCCUCAGGAUCUUUCCUUUCUGUGGGGCAAAUAUCCCCUCACAUUCUUACUGCUAUUAUCCAGAUGUGCUGAACCUGGCCUGUGGAGAUGUCACUUUCAGCAGUGCCUAUGGAUUGGUUUUUGUACUCUGUACAUUUGCAGUGGAUGUUGUCUUCAUCCUAGUUUCUUACAUGAAGAUCUUGGGCACUGUUAUGAAGUUGGGGAGCCAGGACAGAAACUGGAGAUCACUGUGCACAGUGCUUGUGUUUUACAUGCCCCUCAUCAGCCUGGCAGUGCUGCAUUGUUAUUCCAGGGACACUCCCCCAAUUCUAUAUACAACUAUGAGCAAUGCCUACCUCCUUAUGACACCACAACUCAACCCUCUUGUCUACAGUCUCAAAUCCAGGCAGAUCCAGGCUGCCCUGUGUAAGCAAUUUUUGGUGCAAUGUGUCACUGCUGGGAAAUGA